UUGGCAUUGCAGGUGAAGAAUAGGAAGAGGGGUGAAAUCGAUUCGAGAAAAGUGGUAUCUGGAGAGAAUAAAAAUGGAGGGUACAGACACGGCAAGAAUAAAGGAAGAAGAAGAAGAAAUGAAGCCGUGGGAGCAGCAUUCGAGCGUAAUCAAACUCCCUCGCUAUGACUACAAUGCUCCGUCUUCACUUCUCACUCACUCUCAUUCUGCCUUUCUCAUCACUUGUACCAUCAAGCGGGAGAAAAGCGCUACUAAAGAAGCUAUUCACAUCCUUCACAACUUCCUCGCUAAUCGUACUUCCUACUUCCUACUCCCUUUUUUAUAUUAUAGGGUUUUCUUUUUAUUAAUUCAACAUUCAUUUCCUAUGUUUAUUGCCAUUGCAGCUACAGAUACUUCACUCGCUGCCCUUUCUUUGGUUAAACUCACAAGGAGUGGAUUGAUACUUUUUAUUUUUCCUAAUAACAUAUUCCAUGACACUCUUAGUAUUGUCUCUAAUAUCAUUCAGGCUUUGGAAUCCAGGAACUUAACUUUCCCUCUUUGGUGCCAUCGCAUUUUACCUAUCCAAGCUACCUGUAGUUUGAAAGAAAAAGAACUACAAGAAGUAGUAUCAACGCUUGUUAAAAAAUUUGUGGAUGCUAAACAGGACAAACUUGGACGGCCUUUAAAGUUUGCUGUUGGGUUUAACCGAAGAGGGAUAGAAGAGACGAAGUCUGUGAAAGAAAAUUUAAAUGCUUUGCUGGACCGCAGUAAAUGCUUCGAAAUAGUGGCUUCCGCUGUCAAUAAUGUUGUGAAAGAUUCAGUAGUGGAUCUCAGGUCUCCAGAGCUCUCUGUUCUUGUUGAGGUUCUGCCCCUUUCUGGAAUACCUAAUGGGUCCAUAGUGGUUGCUGUUUCUGUUCUUCCCAGCAACCUGGUUAGUACUAAACCGCGACUCUGUGUCAAGGCCCUUAAUCCCAAUAAUACCAAGGAAGGGUCAUUGGCGCAAUGAGAAGGACUGGUUCUAUGAUACUGUUUCACUUCAGCAUGCUUUAGGGGCUAGUGAACACUGUUGCAUUCUCAGGUUGUUUUCUUUAUCCUGGAAAUAUCUGGUGGGUUUUGUAUGACCCUGCAAAUGCAAAUGGAAUGAACCAACAGUGUAAUGUAGUCCCUCCUAAGCCAUGUACUAUUAUUCUCACCCUUUCUAACAAGUAAAAGCUGUAGCCACUUUAGCUUUACUCCACCUAUUUAUAUUUAUGAUGCGGCUAACUUAUUAUUAAAUAUGAUUUUGUGAACUCAAGCAGUAUACGCUUUAUUCAAGCUGAACAUGUUAUUGGCUUUUUCCUUCGUUUGUUCA